CCCGCCCUCCCGCCAACAUGGCCGCCGCCAGCGCCGCCGCCGCCCCGGGACCCGUGUAAGAUCGGAAUUAUCGGUGGAACUGGCCUGGAUGAUCCGGAUAUCUUAGAAGGAAGAACAGAAAAAUAUGUUGACACUCCUUAUGGCAAGCCAUCAGAUGCUUUGAUUUUGGGAAAGAUCAAAAAUGUGGACUGUGUGCUCUUAGCAAGACAUGGAAGGCAUCAUACAGUUAUGCCAUCGAACGUCAACUACCGUGCCAAUAUCUGGGCUUUGAAAGAAGAAAAUUGUUCCCACGUAUUAGUGACUACUGCCUGUGGUUCCUUACGAGAGGAAAUACAACCUGGUGAUCUUGUCAUAAUUGACCAGUUCAUAGACAGGACAACUAAAAGACAUUGUACUUUAUAUGAUGGGCAACAUUCCAGUCUUCCAGGAGUAUGUCACAUUCCGAUGGCAGAGCCAUUCUGCACCAAAACCAGAGAGGUUCUUAUUGAGACUGCCAAGAAGCUGGGGCUCCAGUGUCAUUCCAAGGGGACAGUGGUCACAAUCGAAGGCCCACGUUUCAGUUCUCGAGCAGAAAGCUGUAUGUUUCGCAGCUGGGGAGCUGAUGUUAUCAACAUGACCACAGUGCCUGAAGUGAUUCUUGCGAAGGAAGCUGGAAUGAGUUAUGCUAGUAUUGCCAUGGCAACAGAUUAUGACUGCUGGAAGGAACACGAAGAAGCAGUUUCAGUGGAUAAAGUUUUAAAGACACUGAAAGGAAAUGCAAAUAAGGCUACUAGCAUACUCCUUACUGCUAUACCUCAGAUAGGUUCGAUGGAAUGGACCAACACCCUGCACACCCUGAAAACAACAGUGCAGUGUUCAGUCAUCCUGCCAAAGCAGUAACAACCUGGAUGAAUCUUGGAGUGCUUACAAGGAAGAAUGGAUCACUUGUGAACUUCCAGAGGUUAUAAUAUCUCCAAAAAUUGUUACGAGCAUAAAAGAACGGACUAGAUGUUAACCAGUGAUAAUAUGUAAGGCCACUGUUAAAAUCUUUAUCAGUUUGAUAAUGUAUAAGAUGGUUAAAAUUAGCUAUUGAGUAUGUUUUCAACUCUUGUAACAAACGUGGAUAGAGCCUUCCUAAAUCUUCGUUCGCGAAGCCUAGCCAUGAUGAUGUUUUCAACUAGAAAUAGCUUUACUGUCAAGCUGGAUCAGACAGUGGCUGAAGAACAAAAGUCAGUAUGCUCUAUUCAGUGGUACCUUUUAAUUGAUGGUAGAAAUUAAAGUCUAGGUAAUACUCUUGUUGCAGUUUCAUAAAAUAAGGUAAAAAAAUAAAGCAGAUUCACAGAUAGGCUAUUUGUGUUGCUGUUUCUACCUCCCAUCUUUUCCUUAAAUACAGCAAGUGAUUAUAAUUCACUUCUGAAACGUAGCAGAAAAACUGAGCAAACCAUAUCAAAUAAAAAUUAUGCUAUUUUUAUACAUUAUCCUUAUUUUUAAUUCUGUUUAUUUCUUUUUAAAGAAGUGUAUUUGUUUGUGUGCUAGAAGAUAUGAUUUAAUAAUUGUGGUGGUUCUGUCACAGCAGCAGUUGUGUAAUUAAUUAAUGUUCUCGUUGAAAAAAUUGAGGUGAUGCCUAAGCCAGAUUUGUGCCUAAAGAUGUACUUAUGUGACUUACAGAACUGUACAUAAAAGUACUUUGGUGCCAGUGUCCCAGUAUGCUGGCCAUUUUCUGCUUCACUGAACAACUCCAAAUUUAGUUUCUGUAUUAAGUGAUUAAUGUGCUCCAGUGCUUUGAAUGUAUGCAUUUCAAAUUUUUAAAUAUAAUUUUACUUUAAUAAAAUAACCUGCUGCUUCUUGUCUAGUAAAUAAAUUAAAUGGUUGUCCAAGCUGUGUGCAAA